GGUUUCAAAUAAGCUCUACUUGUGAACUCUUUCCUCUUCAUGCCCUUUUCAUGCUUUCUUGUAAUCUCUAAGAUACCUUUGUUGUUAGAAUUUUAAUGUCUACGCCCUUAGAACAUGAUUACAUAGGCUUAUCAGAGGUUUCUCCUACCAUGGAAAACUCUGAGAAGAUCUCUUCUUCUUCCUCUACUGUUUCCUCCGAGCUGGAUGACAAGAGCAAUACUCUCAACCUUAAGGAGACUGAGCUCAGGCUUGGCUUGCCUGGUUCUGAAUCCCCUGAGAGGAAAUUUGGAGGUGGGGUUUCCCUUCCUGGGAAGGGUGUCGAUGACAAGAGCUCUUACUCGCUUGGUGUGCUCAAGACUCUUGUUUCUGGGGCUAAGAGGGGUUUCUCCGACGCCAUUGACGGCUCUGGGAAAUGGGUUUUCUCUGGGAACGCUGGAUCUGAGGUUGAUUUGAGCAAAGGAGGAGCUGUGUUGUUCUCUCCUAGAGGUGGGAAUGGUGGGAAGUCUCUCCCUGUUUUAGAGAGUACUGGUCAGCAGCCGGGUAUGGCCACUUCUGUGCUGAAAGACGUUGUCCCAGCGUCGCCAAAACCUGUGCAAGACAAGAAACCUCAGAUAUCUGCUGCAAAUGACCAUGGGAUGGCUCCUGCUUCUAAGGCCCAGGUUGUAGGAUGGCCUCCAAUUCGAUCAUUCCGGAAGAACACCAUGGCUAGCAGCCCAGCAAAGACAGGUGUUGACGCUGAGGGGAAGGGUUCAGGGUGUCUUUAUGUUAAGGUUAGCAUGGAUGGUGCUCCAUACUUGAGGAAAGUUGACCUCAAAAUCUACAGCAACUAUACCGAACUUUCGACCGCCCUUGAGAAGAUGUUCAGCUGCUUUACCAUUGGUCAGUGUGGUUCUCAUGGAGUCCCAGGCCGAGAUGGGCUUAGCGAGAGUAGAUUGAUGGAUCUCAUCCAUGGUUCUGAAUAUGUGCUCACUUAUGAAGACAAAGAUGGUGAUUGGAUGCUUGUCGGUGAUGUUCCAUGGGAGAUGUUUACUGACUCAUGUAAGAGGCUGAGGAUCAUGAAGGGUUCAGAUGCAAUUGGCUUAGCUCCGAGGGCCAUGGAGAAGUGUAAGAACCGGAACUAGCGGUGCUUGCUAUGACCUCAAACUGAUGGAUGAGUCUGGAAGUCGGAAGUGAAGCAAAAGGCAGUUCAAGCAUCUUUAAUCACAAUAUAUACUGUUAAGGAAAGGGUUUUCAAAGUAUGGGGGACCUGUGUUUUGAAAUCCUAUAUAAUUUGCUUUAAUAUCCUUCUAAGGUUUUGUGUCUUUGAUGACUUACUGGGAGAACUUCCUUAUAGGCAAAGAAGAAAAUAUACUCUUACAAACCAAAAAACAAAAAAAAAAAUCCAGGAUAUUCUCUAGUCUGUGCUUUCUAAUCUGUAUUUUGAUUGAUAGCCCUUCAUUUCUAUGAAUGUAAAUGGCUUGUUUAUUUUGUGUCUGAUC